GGCGGCCGCGAGGAGCCGUACUACCCCAACGACACCAGCGUCUAUGUCACCGCCGUCAAGAAGGGCUCCAUUGCUGACGGCAAGAUCAGGGUGCUGGACCGCGUGGCGGAGGCGUGCGGCGCGUCAGCGUGGGCGCGGGGCGGGGCGUGUGCGGCGGCGCUGCGGGGUGCGCUCGCGUGCGGCGCCGCGCUGCUGCGGCUGCAGCGUGCGCGGUAUCUGCGCCGCCUCGUGCGUCUCGCCGGCGGCGUCGCGCUGCACCACGGUAUUUUCGUAAGCAAAAUAGCGUGCGGUAGUGCCGCGGCCAAGGAAGGGAACAUUUACGUCGGCGACAGAGUUGUUAGCAUAAACAAUCGUUCGCUGGAGGGCGUGAAGAGCGUGUCGGAGGCGAUGGCGAUGCUGAACGACUGCCAGUACGACUCCGUGCUGCUCACUGUGCUGCGCCCGCUCUACCCCUGCUGCGACCCCCGCAACAGGCACGUCUCAUACACACACCCCCCCCCCCCACACACACACACACACAUACAAGGAGUUAAAGGGAGCCAACAGGCUAAAAUUGUCAAAUACGCAAAACUACUUGCAAAUUUUCCUAGCCAGCCCCUUAGAUGUAACCUAGAUCAUCAGCUAGCGACGCUCGUGCACUGUGACAUAGUGUGUCAUGUUGCAGGCACGUGGGACAUGAUCCGCGGCAAGAUAGAGGCUGUCACAGGCAGGACUAAGUCCAAGGAUAAGCAGAACAAGGUGCCGGAAUCAGACGCGAUCGCAGAGCUGGACUCUGUCAUCGACAGUUAUCACGGCAAGACCAUAAAAGAAACAAGCAGUGUACUAAAACGUUCCCGGCGGAAAAACAAAGAAUCACAAAACGACGCUAAGAACGGCGGCACGUGGCCGAAGGCUCGGGCCAACUUCAUUUUGGAAGAAAACUCAACGGGGACGAUCGUGCAGCCUCGCUCCCGCAAGGAGCGCCCCCCUCUCUCCAUCCUGCUCAGCCCCCCCACCAAGCUGCCCCCCGAGCCCCAGCGCUCCAGCGCCAACAGGAACUCCAACCCCAUCCCCCUCGGACAUCUACCCCUCACACAGCUCACCGCACCCGCCAGGCACUCCGUCUACAAGUCCAUCGAGUCCUCCCCCAACAUCGAGCACUUCCCCAAGCCCGCCCCCCUCGCCAUACAUAACCCCUUCGCUUCCCCGACCAACAUCAGCUUCGACAAGACCAGGACCUUGGAGAAGGACAAGAUAUCCAUCAGCGAUUACGAGCACGACGUCACGCCCAACAGACUCAGCCUGGUGCUGAACCCUUCCGACGACUCCCUGGAUUACCAGCCAGCCACUAGGAAUAGAACGAAAAGCCCUCACUCCUUGGACUUUAUGGUGAACAAGGGACCGAGUUCUCUCGACUUCGUCACGCGGAAGUCGCCGAGUUCCUUGGAUCAUGCGAUGAAAAACCAUCCCGGCAAGGACAUCCUCGACCAGUACUACUCGACAAAAAAGUCAUCUCCCAAGACGGUCAACAAGUAUCCCUCCGACAGCGACAGCUUCGGCCCCGACAGCCUCAACAGCGCCGCCAACUUUCCCAUGACGGGGACUCUGCCCUCGCAGUCGCGGCUCCAGUCCCAGUACUACCGGGGCCCUUUCGUCAACUCCAACCCCCACACUUCCAAUAGGUACACGCAUUUGUCGAGCCCCACCAACAUCCCGCAGAGCCAGUCCGGCGAGAGCAUCGGCACCAGCUACGACAUGCAGUCCUUCACCUCCCACACGCACAACAUGUCCGACGUCCAGCCCCUCGCCCGCCUCAACAGGGACUACCACCACACCUACGAGGGCGGCACCUUUCCCAGGAAAAAAGAGAACCAGAGGUUUCGUAUACCGUCGAACCCCAGUGUGACCUCGAAGAACUCGGCGGGGAAGCUGAGCACCGGCUCCAUAGAGAGGAGCUCCGAGAGGAAUUCUCCGAUGCCGACAUUUCACGUGGAGGUGCUGAGCCCGGGCCGGGGGGCGAAACAGCUGACGCACAAGGGCACCAGAAACUCUAUGCCCGAGUACUGCGGCCUCGGCUGGAAUAAACCGCUGCCCGGCGAGCUGCGCAGGGUGCACAUAGACAAGAGCCAACAGCCGCUCGGCAUACAGAUCUCCUGCCCGCCCAGCAGCGGGGGCGUCUUCGUCUCCACCGUGAACGAGAACUCCCUGGCCAGCCAGGUCGGCCUGCAGGUCGGCGACCAGCUGCUGGAGGUGUGCGGCAUCAACAUGAGGUCCGCCACCUACACGCUGGCGGCGAGCGUGCUGCGCCAGAUAGGCAACUCCAUAACCAUGCUAGUCCAGUACAGCCCCGAGAAGUACAAGGACGAGAUGGAGGUGCCGGGCAGCUCCUCCUCGGGGGAGAGCUCGCACGACGACGAGGUGUCCCUCUCCGGCUCCCCCACGCCGCGAAACUCCCCGGGACCCCAGCAGUCGCUGCGCAUGGACGUGCCCGCCACUGACGUCGCCACCCUCCGCCAGUCGCAGAGCAGCAAGGACGCGCCCAGGUUCCUGCUCAUUGAGAUGCGCAACUGUUCCGACCUGGGGAUAAGCCUGGUGGGGGGCAACGCCGUGGGCAUCUUCGUGCACAGCGUGCAGAUAGACUCGCCCGCCUACAUAGCCGGCCUGAGGACCGGCGAUCAGAUCCUGGAGUACAAUAACGUCGACUUGCGGCGGGCCACCGCGGAGCAG